GGACAGUAGGAUGGUCGCGGACAGGCAGCGCAGCAGACACCCGGCCGAGGACCCGCGCGUGUCAGUGGAUCCGCUACGGGGCCCGGGGCCUGUCGUCCGCGCUUGCCGCACGCACGCGCGCUGCGCCCAACAUGAGGGUCGCGGGCCUGAUCAGUGGUGGGAAGGACAGCUGUUACAACAUGAUGCAGUGCAUUGCUGCAGGGCAUCACAUUGUUGCUUUAGCGAAUCUAAGACCAGAUGAAAACCAAGUGGAGUCAGAUGAGCUGGAUAGCUACAUGUAUCAGACAGUGGGUCACCAUGCCAUUGACCUGUAUGCAGAAGCCAUGGCUCUUCCCCUGUACCGCAGAACCAUAAGAGGAAGGAGCUUGGAGACAGGAAGAAUGUAUAACACAUGCGAAGGUGAUGAGGUUGAAGAUCUCUAUGAACUAUUGAAACUCAUUAAGGAAAAAGAAGAAAUAGAGGGGGUAUCAGUAGGUGCCAUACUUUCUGAUUAUCAACGUGUGCGAGUAGAAAAUGUAUGUAAACGGCUUAAUCUCCAGCCUUUAACUUACCUUUGGCAGAGAAACCAGGAAGACUUACUCCGAGAGAUGAUAGCAUCCAACAUUGAAGCCAUUAUCAUCAAAGUAGCAGCUUUGGGUUUAGACCCUGAUAAGCAUCUUGGGAAAACCCUGGGUGAAAUGGAGCCUUAUCUUUUGGAGCUUUCUAAGAAGUAUGGUGUCCAUGUAUGUGGGGAAGGUGGCGAGUAUGAAACCUUCACUUUGGAUUGCCCUCUAUUUAAGAAGAAAAUCAUUCUGGACUCCUCAGAAGUAGUCAUACACUCUGCUGAUGCAUUUGCACCUGUGGCUUAUCUUCGACUUUCAGAGUUGCACCUGGAAGAAAAGGUGUCUUCAGUACCUGGAAAUGAUGAAACAACUAGUUAUAUACACAAUUCUUGAAAUUUACGCUGCAUUUUAAAAAUUAUUAUGACCAACAUCUCUUAUUACAUUUUUAUGCUUCUUCAAAAAAUAUAAUGGGAUCAUUGAUUAGCUGGAAGAAUUUCAGUGAAUCCUUCUCUAAUAUUGCCAGUUUCCUCAAAUUUAUUUCAUUUUUAAAAAGUAAUUUCUUUUAUUUUUGAAAUUAUAAUAUAAUUAUAUCAUCUCCCCCUUUCCCCUUUUCCUCCAAACCCUAUAACAUACCCCUUGUUUCUGGCUUUUGAAUUUAUGGACUUUCAUUGCCAUCAUUACAUACCUCACAUUUUCUAUGCCCCUGCUUCUUUCUGCCUCUCUGCCUGCCCCCCAUUGUGUGUGUACAUGUAUGUGUAUGUGUCUGUCUGUUUAUGUGGAGAGAGAGACUGCACAUAAACAUACACUUUCCUAAAUACAGAAAUACAACCUGCUCAGUCUGUGUAACAUUACCUGUGUGUAUGUUUUCAGGACUGCCCAUUUGGUAUUGGAUACCAAUUGCUGUGCUCUUCCCUAGGGAAGACAUUUUCUUCUGCUCUCAGUAGCCCUUGGUUGCCUGAAAUUCUGUGUGCAGUGUUGAGGCCUGUGAGCUUUCCUGUUUACUUUAGCAUGUCUGUUGGUGUCCUCCUUGUUGGGCUCAUGUUUAGGCAGCCUUGUUAAUAAGACUUCAUGGGACAACUUCUGAGAUUCCUGGGAGAAGCAAACUCCGUGACCCUCUGGGUCUUACAGUCUUUCUGCCUCCUCUUUACUUUCUUCUUUGGUAACAAGUCUCAUGGCCCUUUGGGAGCAUUCCUCUUUAUUGCCCUUUUAUUUAUUAACCAGAUCUCUCUUUCUUACAUUUUUGGUUGUUUGUUUGUUUUAAGCCAGAGUUUCUCUGUAACUUUGGUUUGGAGCCUGUCCUAGUACUCACUCUGUAGACCAGGGCUAGUAUCAAACUCACAGAGAUCCACCUGUCUCUGCCUCCCAAGUGCUGGGACUUAAGGCAUGCACCACCAAUGCCCAGCGACCUUUCUUUUUCAUUUGUUUCUUCCCUUUCUUUAUACCCCAUGUCAUGGAAAACAGGCAUCAGAAAGUGAAGAAGACCCUAUCCUGACAAUCAAGCAUACUGUAAUCAAGUGUCACCAAUGUGAUUGAUUUUUUUUGUUUUUAAUAUAAUCAUUAUUCAAACUUUCGACAUCAGUGGAUGAGAAGGAAUAUAUUAAAUGGCUGGUUUAAUAAUCA